AGGUUGCAUUUUUUUGUCAGUAUUUGCGAGUGUGCCAGGUCCACUAAAUAGCCAAAGAUGAUUAGAGGCAUGACACUCAACACCCUACAUAUCUCACUCGAUUAUCUGAACUGUAGAUUCUCUCCUAUUUCGGGAUCUUUUUGUCCUUUACUUAAUAAGAAUCUAUUGUUGUGUGUUAUUUCCCGGGUUCGUGUUCGUGAUAUUGAUAACAUUCGGUUUAGAUUUUUUACCCUUAUACAUAAGAUCAUAGCCCUGGAUGCAAUUACUAACAAUAACAGCCGAAUCGUCAAAAUCUAGGUCUAGGUUUCCUAGAACUGUAACAGUUCUAAGUUGCGAAGUAGUGUUCCGUUUUGGGUCUCGCCGUAAAACUGUCCAAACUUAAUUUUUAUUUAUUUCUGGGUAGACUCGAGUACAGUUGUUAACCUAAUUUGUCUUAUCAAUGAAAUCUACGUGAUGGUUGGAAUAACUGCUCCUGUUUGGCCCGUAUUUUGUUUGAUAUUUUAGAGCCUUCGUAAUUCAAUUUGUAUUUCAACCUUAUUAAAAAACCUUUAAUAAUUAGUAUGUUCGAUUGCUUCUGCAAAAUUUCAUUUCAAAAGGAAUUAAAUCGUCGCUGAACCUGCCGUUCCAUGCUUUUUCUGAUAAAUCUUUCAUGCUAAAUUUCAUAGCCAAAUUCCCAGGUGAGGUAACAGUUCCUUCGAAGUGUGGCCGUCGAGAUGCAAUGAAAACUGAGUUCAUAUUUCUGUUCCUUAAUCUUAUAUAAUUAUAACCUGGUUUUUUGUCCAGACUCCAGGAUGUAUUUCAGCUGCAUAUAUGCAGUUAAAAAUGAGAAUUCAUUUUCAGUACACUUCGAGUUCGACCGCAUUUCGACGGGACUGGCAGUAUAGGAUUGAUCAUCAUGAUGAUCAAUCACUCUACACUCGACUGUCACAUGACUUUUUAAACACGUUCCCUAGCUGGCCCUGAAUGACUAUUAGAAAUCCUAGCCCUCUUAUCUGAUCCCAACCCUAAUCCAAACCCAAUCUUUAACAAAAGCAUACGCUGAAACCCUAACCCUAACGAGAAAUUAGACCAACUUCCUUAUACGCCAUACGGUCAUAUCACGUGAUCGAGACAGUUUUUUGCCAAUAUCUCGCCAGGAGAGCAUUUUAACCCUUUGUCAUGGGGGUGAUUCGGAAUCAGCGUCCGAAAAUACAUCGAUUCAAGUUGGUUCCAACUGCCGGGGGUCCUUUUAGAAAAAUAUUGAAGAUUGACUGUAGCACGCUUUAGCACGCUCGGGAAGUAUAACUAUAUUCUAUAACUGUUGGUCCAUUCGGUGCAUCGCAAAUUUGCACUGAUGACUAUGUAAAAGGUUUUGCAGAAUUUAACACUAUUUUUAGCAGGUUGACGUUAGUCUUACUCUUUAGUUUUCUAUAUUUCUUUGAGUUCGAUAAAUGCGUAAUUGUAAUCGAAAUCACGACUGGCUACAGUUCAGUUGGCACUGAUGAAUACAUUUAUUCUAGUUAGAAAAAAUAUUUUUGCACACUAUCAGUUUAAUAAUCCGAACUUCCCCCGUAGUGAACAGUGUAUAGUUUUGCUAACUACUAACUAUACUCCACCAAUUAGAAUUACAAGGAACACCAAGAUAUCUGAUAUAGUUGUAAAUAUCCAGAAAUAACGGACAGGACAAUGGAACUUAGAGUUGUUGUAAUCUUUAUCUUGAACACAAUUGCUUGCAGAGCUUAUAUUUCCCAAGAAUGUUUUUGUGACUCUGAGAUAGUGGUCAAGGCAAAGAUUUUGCCGGAGGGUUUUAUAGAAAAGAACACGGCAAAAGGAUCGAAGAAAGAAAAGCCAGUGGUGGGUGCUCACGAAAGACUAUACGAGAUAGCGAUCAUAGAGGUUUUCAGAGGAGCCUUAGGUCGACAGCUGGAGAGAAGUCUACACUAUGCAAAGAGCAGAAAACCAGACUUAGUGAACUACGAUGCUGACGGUUGUGAUUUCUACCAAGAAAAUGCCAUAGCACUAUUUCAUUUCGAUACCGUGAGUGAUAUGACGAUCAAGAAGUUCUGUAAAGGAUGGUACUACGUGAAAGAAUUUGAGAGGAACGCAUUGAGAAGAAAUCUGUACGACUGUGACUGUGAGAUAGAGGACUGUUUUAAUCGCUUCACUGAAGAGCGCGGUAUACCAGAAGACUGCCCUGCCUCUCAGAUGGAUCAGAUCCUCUGCACUUGGGAUUACAGACAGAGCCGUUGUUUGUGGAAGGGAGCUAAGAAAACGUGCGUCAGAGAAAAACGAGCUAAACCGAACGGAUCACCACCAAAUAGAGGUCUGAGACGAUCGAAUUAAAGAUUUAAAUCAUCUGAGGAAACGUAUUUCUUCAACAUUUGGUCAAGCUGCUCUAUAGUUGAUAUUGAAGGCGACAUUAUUGCUGAUGAAAGUACACGGACAUAUUUGUGCGGGUCCAGUGCAGUAGGAGAAUAUAGGAGCAGCCAAUCAAGAUAAUUCGACCAUCACCAAGUUAUUCUUGUGUGGAGGCACUUUUCAACCAUUCCAUAUACAAGUUCAGUUUUUUGUCUCGUGGUGUUACCUGAAAUAAUAUUUCAAUGAAAUAUGUUUGAAGAGCUUAGGUACAAAUUUUAUUUAAAGCUUUACUAAAAAGGAAUAUACAAAUACAUUGCAUGAUACAUUUAAAAGAAAGCUAACUUUUCUAUUGGCUAUGGUUUGAGCUAUUCUGACGAGAUUAAUACUAGGAAUAAAGAACUUACAUUCAAUUGUUCAUAAAAAUAGUUUAUUAUUUGAAUUAUACUAUAUGUAUGUAUAUUUAGAUAGUUAAUGUUUAAGGACUUAAGGAGUCAAGAAAUAUGCAGAUUUAUUAAUUACGCUUCCGUUAAUAAGGAGUUUACACUAACACAACCCUGCUGCAGUAAUACUAUAAUAGCGGUCCUUAACCAUGUAAAAGCACUCACGUCAGUUUGACCGCAGCAGAAGAUCCUUUAAGAAUCAUCACCGUACUUCCCGAUUCCAGGCAACUCUUUGGGGAACUCCCAAUCCAUCUUUAAUUAAGUACUUGUCUGGAAUAAGGUUUUUGUUAUAUUUAAAGAUUUACACACAUCUUGUAAUAGAUUACUGAUGGAUUAUUGAGUUUGUUUUUAA